GAGGAAGUCAACAACCGAACCUCUAGAGAUUUCCGGUUGGCCAUCAGCAUUCAUCAGACAGUGUCCACCAUCCUCCAGAUCUAAACAUGGCCAGUUCCUGGGUGCCCGACAUGGACCCGGCCAGCGACUUCUCGCUGGCCAACAUCCCGUUCGGCAUCAUCUCGACCACGGCCGACCCGGCGCCGCACGCUGCCGUGGCCAUUGGCUCGUUCGUCCUGGACCUCAAAGUGCUCUCGGCAAACGUGGACCUGAGCCAGAUCUUCCCCGGCAUCGACGGCCUUGCCGAAGCCUUCUCGCAACCCACCCUCAACGCCUUCGCCCAGAUGGGCCGGGCCGUCCACCGCCGGGUCCGCUCCGCACUCCAGGACCUGCUCUCGAAGAAGACCGCCCACCCGGCCGUCCUCCGCGACAACGCCGCCCUGCGCAGCCAGGCGCUGCUGCCCCAGUCAGCCGUCAGGAUGCACCUCCCCAUGGCCAUCGGCGACUACACGGACUUUUACGCCGGUUACCACCACGCCUACGCGGUCGGGGUCAUGUUCCGCGGGCCGGAAAACGCGCUGCAGCCCAACUACCUGCACCUGCCCGUCGGCUACCACGGCCGAGCGUCGAGCGUCGUGGUGUCGGGCACGCCCAUCCGCCGGCCGGUCGGGCAGAUCCUGCCGGACCCGGCGGCCGAGCCGAAGCGGCCCGUCACGGCGCCCUCGCGCAAGCUGGACAUCGAGCUCGAGCUGGGCUGCUUCAUCGCGCGCGGAAACCACAUGGGCGACGCGAUUCCCGUGGGCGAUGCCGAGGAGCACAUCUUCGGAUACGUCCUGCUCAACGACUGGAGCGCGAGGGACGUGCAGACGUGGGAGUACGUCCCGCUGGGCCCGUUCAACGGCAAGAAUUUUGCCACCACCAUCAGCCCGUGGGUGGUGCUCGCCGACGCGCUGGAGCCGUUCCGGACCCGAGGGAUCGAGAAUGCGACGGAGUUGCAGGGCUAUCUCAAGGAGCCGAGGGAGGAGCGCGUGUUUGACGUGAGGUUGGAGGUGGAUUUGACGACUGCCGAGGGCACCACUACUACGAUUGGUCGCACCAGUUCCAGGCACCUAAUCUGGUCCUUCCCGCAGAUGAUCGCCCACCACACCCUCGGGGGCUGCCCGCUGCGGCCCGGCGACCUGCUGGGGUCGGGCACCAUCAGCGGGCCCGGAGGCGUCGACGAGCGCGGCAGCUUGCUGGAGAUGACCGAGAACGGGAAGAAGGAGGUGCAGCUGGCGGGGAUGGACGCUCGAACGUUUCUCAAGGAUGGCGAUACCAUCACGCUGCGCGGCUUUUGUGGGGAAGAGGGUGCCCGAGUCGGAUUUGGCGAGUGCAGAGGGAAGAUCUACAGCGCCGUACAGAGAUGACCAAGCCAGGUGGAAUGCCGAGGUACCUCUUAACUUACUUCAGAAAGGACACAAUGUUUCUCGCACCUGUACGGACAAAACGGAGUUUGCAAAUCGUAGUGUACUAUUGUCAGGUACCUUUAGAUUACCACCUUGGAGUGUUACUGGCCCAGUAUCCGUAAGCCUGGUGUAAAAUGGACGGAUGGACGAAUGUAAA